CAGUUAAAGGAAAAAGGUCUAUAUAAAGGAAAUACAAGCAUCAAUAUUCAACCAAUUCAGGCACAUAGAGAUGGCUAAGCUUCUCUCUUUGAUUCUAGGGGUUUUCUUGCUGUUCAUUGUGUCCAUUUCUGCCUCUACUGAUCAGGAAAAUACCGGUGUCUCUACUUUUUCUGAGUUAGCAUCAGCCACAACAUCGGACAUUUCUUGCGCCGACGGCGACUCAUAUUCGGAAACUACGCUUAUCACAUCAGAUUGCAACGAUUGUACAAAUUGGUGUAAAGAAGAAUGUGCAGAUUUAGGAGGUUCCGUGGUUGACAGCAAGUGCUCAAUAGGUGAAUCUAAAUUUGCAAGGCGUUGCAAGUGUUGCUGUCGGGAAAACCCACCUCCAUGCCCUGCCAACACUUGUCCUAAAGAGAUGAGUGUAGUGUUAAAACCAGGAAAGAAGGCAUGCAAAUACAUACUGUCGUCAUCAUUAUCUUCAUCAGCAGUUAAGUAAGGUCGAUUCAGUCACAUGUUCGACUUUUGAUUUUUCCAUCUUGAUUUGUGAUAAUAAAAUAGUUGCGUAAGCAUAUGUGUGUAUUUGUUUAUGUACAUGCAUGGUGCUGGUUGUAAUAUGAUUCUGUACAUUUGAAAUCCUCAGCACGUUUUACUUUCAUAUUAGCCAUUAGGCAA